AGUUGCAAUCAUUGGUUAAAUUGUGCAAAUAGCAAAAACUCGUCGAGACUACAAAAGCUAAAUGCAAGAUAAAUCAGCGGUUAUUUAAGUUCCGAAGUGAGAUUCACUGGACAAUCGGCCAAUUAACAUAUUGAUUUUAGUGGCAUUUGGAAGAUAGUAGUAUUCUCAGCCGUCAAAAAUUGAAUUUAAGACAAAAUGUCUUUUCAAAGUGUAGUUGCAGUUUUAAUACUAGCAUUUAUGAUAGAUGCAGGUCAAGGUCAGACUUCAGUCCCGCCUAUGAUUGUUCCUCCUAUGUUGACCACACCUGUUACUCAACUUACAAACUGCAAUGGGAGCCAGUUCGACAUAGUUUUUGUCUUAGAUUCGUCUGGCAGUGUAGGUGAAGAAAACUUUAAGAUUGUAAAAAGCUUUGUGAAGUCUGUCGUCGGGAACCUGAAUAUUGGACAAGACAACACCAGGGUUGGCAUAAUUACCUUUAGCAGAUACCCAGUCAUAAGACUGCAUCUUGAUGAUUACACUGAUAAAGAGGCAUUGCUUAAAGCAAUUGAUGUAGUGCCUUACAUAGCUGGUAUAACGGAGACACACAGUGCCCUCUAUCUUCUCAAAGACGAAGGGUUUCGGGGAUCAAGGCCAGAUGUUCCCAAUAUAGCCGUGGUUGUUACAGAUGGGAAGUCAUUCCACACCAACCUCACAACAGUUGCUUCAGAGGAACUGCAGGCUCAAGGGGUUGUUAUGUUUGGAAUUGGAAUUGGCGGUAAUGUCAACCUGAAUGAGCUGAGUUCUAUUGCAUCCAGUCCAAACAAUCAAUAUGUAUAUACUGUGACAAAUUUUGCUUCCCUUACCAACAUUGUGAACUCAUUAUCUUCAAAAACUUGUGACGUGACGUCAGUUGCGAACACCACUCCUGUUCCAGUGUCAACCCUACAACCCACGUACAUUAACGCGACUACAAACAACACCUUUGAUGACUGUAACCGUACCGUGGCCGACAUUGUGUUUAUACUAGAUUCCUCCGGAAGUUUGGGAAUUAACAACUUUGCGAGUGUAAAACAGUUUGUGAUCAACAUGGUCAACUAUCUCGAUAUAGGUGUCAACUAUACUAAGGUCGGCGUGAUCACUUACAGCAACUACCCAACAAGACGAAUCACACUUGACAGCUACUACGACAAGCUAGACCUUAUAAAUGCCAUAAAUCUAAUCCCAUACUAUCCUGGAAACACGGAGACGGAUAAGGCGCUUGACCUCUUACGCUUGGAAGGUUUUGAAGGUGAAAGAACAGAUGCGCCUAAUAUCGCCAUCGUCGUGACCGAUGGUUUAUCAACGAAUCCGGACCUUACAAGAAUUGCUGCAUCUAGACUCAAGAAAUCUGGGUCUACCGUUUUCUCUGUUGGAAUAGGACAAGAUGUUAUUGACAGGAAUGAGUUGAACUACAUUUCUAGCGACCCAGACAACGAGUAUGUGUUCUUUGUGGCCAACUUCUCAGACCUGUCCAGUAUAGAAAAUAGCGUUGCGACAACAACUUGUUUAGUUCCACUAAUGACUACAACGGUGAGAACAGUACCAACUACCCCUGUCAGCACUGACUGGGUCACGCCGUCAACUAUGAAACCAACAUUGACACUAGCCCCAGGUACAAUAAAGCCCGAAAUAACCACACCAUCAUGUAUUGCCAAAGUUGCUGACCUCGUUUUCGUUGUUGAUUCAUCUGGCAGUGUUGGGCCAGAAAACUUUUUGAAGAUGAAAGAAUUUAUGAAGCAGACCAUCAAAGUAUUUGAUAUUGGAGAUGAUUUUACACGUGUUGCUGUUAUUACGUUUAGUUCUAACGCCAAGCUAGAAUUUGAACUAAACACCUACAACAGCAGUCAAGACGUCCUUAAAGCUGUUGAUAACAUUGCCUACACACAAGGCGGAACUAACACGGGUGAGGCUUUGGAACUUUUAAGAUUGCAAGGAUUUAACAACGAACGAGCCAGUGAUCCGAACAUUGCUAUUGUAAUUACUGACGGUUAUUCUAAAGACAAAUUUGCUACACGACAACAGGCAAUGCUUGCGAAACGAGACUCAAACAUUACAAUAAUAGCAAUUGGUGUAGGAAAUGGCACAGAUGUAAAUGAAUUGACAGACAUAGCAACAGUAGACAAAAACAGCAAUCAAAGUCUUGUAUACGAGGUCGGAGAUUUUGAAGCUUUGCAGACACUUGACAAUGUUGUCGCUACCGUUACUUGUGGAUUGGUCAUAGCACGACGUACUACGGAGCCGCCUGUACAGACUACACCAACUACAAUCGAGCCAGAUGGAAACUGUACCGAUGCCGUAGAGAAUUGUGACGAAUACGGUGACGACAUUUGUUACGAUUACAAACCAUGGGCUAUGGCUCACUGCCAACGGCAUUGUGGCUUCUGUGCCGGUCCUGCGACAACGCCUGCACCAUGUGAGAAUCGUUUGAAUAAUUGUCCGGAAUAUGGAACAUACAUCUGUACGUCCGUGUCUCUGGUAAAGUGGACCAAACACAACUGCCCUAAAUAUUGCGGAUUCUGUGGGGGAGGUCCUAUCCCAACUGAGCCAACAACAACCGUAGCAGCAAUGGUGGCAACCGGAGCACCCAAGUGUGAAAAUACAUUAUCAAACUGUGAUGAGUAUGGUGGAGUUGAAAUGUGCCAUAAACAAUCGUACGAGGCCUGGGCUAAAGCUCACUGUGCAGAAUUCUGUGGCUUCUGUUCCAAAUAUGCAACAUACAAAGGUCCAACAUUAUCAAAUAAUGAAACCUGUCCUGACUGGAAUCUGCCGGUUGCGUGUAAAAUGGGACCUUUCGAUGGAAGCUGCUGUCCCAUGCCAAUCUGUCCUGAUGGAUACAAACUAACUGCAAAGUCACCGAUGGAGUUCUGAUUCCUACACAUACAUACACCGAUUCAUACACAUUCAUAAAAACUAACAACUUCCGAAAGUCAUUUAGAACGUUUUGAUUGAAUGAAUAGUGUUUUAUUCUUUAUAAGAUGUAACCCUUUGUUAAUACAAGUUUUGAAUAUUCA